UAGUUGCCUCAUCGGAAUUGUUGCUGGUUGUGGGAGUAUUUUCGUGCACACUGCCGUCGUUGGCAGUGUCUCGCUUGACUCUAUACACCUUGUGCGCCGUAAACGUCAAUCGAGUGGAAACGCUGGGAAUAGCAAAUGAUAAUCGAUUGACACUUUGUGCACGGAUCUUUGUGCUCGGGAAUAGUGUUGUUUAUAAUUACGUGGUACGUAAAUAAAAAUAUCGCCUGAUUGCGAAGUGUUCCGUUGCGUAAAUGUGUGGACAAACGUUCGGGGCAGCGUUUUCCUCAAUGUGCACCUAGCCAGCCAACCAACCCACCCACCAACCAAGCAGCAACCGUCGCAGCUCAUCCGAUUCCAUCCUCCACAAACAGUGCUUGUGAAAGGUUGGUUUGCUGUGGGGUUCGGGUUCACGGCACACCAACACACACGGGACCCGCAGCGCAUGCUGACGGUGACGGUGGCUCCAACUCCCACGACGCAUCCGCCGCACACGGAGAACGCAGCAGCCGAACCACACACCAUGUCGAACAAGCUGAACAACCCGAAGCGCCGCGAGGUGACGGGUUCGUCGUCGUCCAACUCCUCCAUCUCGUCGGUGGGCGCUGGGGACAAUGGCAUAUCGGCCGAUCUGGCCUCCCUGUUCGAGUGUCCCGUGUGCUUCGACUACGUGCUGCCCCCGAUACUGCAGUGCCAGAGCGGCCACCUCGUGUGCACUAGCUGCCGCUCGAAGCUGACCUGCUGUCCCACCUGCCGCGGCUCGCUCGGUAACAUUCGCAACCUGGCGAUGGAGAAAGUGGCCUCGAACGUGAAGUUUCCCUGCAAGCACUCCAACCACGGCUGCACCAUCUCGCUCGUGUACACCGAAAAGGCGGAACACGAGGAGGCGUGCGAAUUUCGACCGUAUCUGUGCCCGUGCCCCGGUGCGUCCUGCAAGUGGCAGGGUUCGCUCGACUACGUGAUGCCCCACCUGAUGAUGUCGCACAAAAGCAUUACCACGCUGCAGGGUGAGGACAUCGUGUUUCUGGCCACCGACAUCAACCUGCCGGGUGCAGUCGAUUGGGUGAUGAUGCAGUCGUGCUUCGGCCAUCACUUCAUGCUGGUGCUGGAGAAGCAGGAAAAGUACGACGGGCACCAGCAGUUCUACGCCAUCGUACAGCUGAUCGGUUCGCGGAAGGAGGCCGAAAACUUUGCCUAUCGGUUGGAGCUGAACGGUAAUCGGCGUCGGCUCACGUGGGAAGCGAUGCCCCGCUCCAUCCACGAAGGGGUUGCCAGUGCGAUACUCAACUCGGACUGUCUGGUGUUCGAUACGUCGAUCGCACAACUGUUUGCCGACAACGGUAAUCUGGGCAUCAAUGUGACUAUUUCCGUUGUGUAAACAGAACACUGUAAUCGACUGAGGGGUAGGGAGGGACCACAGACUACGCAUAGACAGCCCCAUGUCUAUAGACAAUUCUUACCUAUAAUUCUGUAGUGGUAGUGUGUACCGUUUUGUAAUUUACUUUAAUUAUUUUUCUCUCUCUUGUUUUUGAGCCAUUUUGCUAACGAUAGAAGCACGUUUGGGUUUUGCUAAUGUGAUGGCGGGGUUUCAACACUGUGCAGCCCCGCGAAAGCAAAAUAACUUAGCGUUAAACUACACCAAGUACUGAACUACUACCAGCCGGAUCGUGCUGCCUACGCAUGAUCCGAUUGAACAACUGUUGAUUGCACACACUCACAGCCAGCGGUUGUAAGAGUAGGGCAAAUGGCUCAGCUUUUACGAAUGCUUUUAAUAUUAGUUCCAUAUCCACCUAACUGCUUAGUUUAAGAGGGAAUGGACCUAACCAACAGGAUCCUGCCACUGAAUGAAUCGUAAGGGACAGCUGCUCGAUCAAUUGAUCGAUUCCGUUAAGCUGUAGAAGCGUGCGUUACGAAGCUAACCGUGCGCCUGUAUCGUUGUAUGUUGUAUUAAAGAACAUAAUUAUGUAUGGCCGCGAGAAGCGAGGACGAAGAGCGAAUGAAUGCGGUAAUGAACUGUGUGAUAUAAUAACAGAUAUGCAUGCAUGAUAGCGUGUGAAAGGCACCCGUGUGUUUGCGUGAUCGGGUACGCGCGUACGUGUGUCGUUAGGGGAAUUAAGGUAGAACACGGUCAGACAAUUUGUAAAUUAAACCAUGUAACGUAAUCUACUAUCGAAGAGGAGGGAGCCAGGCACCACUUGCCACUUUGCCACUCAUCCAUUCACACUCCUUUAAAUUUAGCGUAUGUUGUAAAACACGUUUCUAUCUAUAAUACAGUAAUAGCGAAAUACGAACGAAAGGACACCUGUCCGGAAGUAGUCUUGGGUCCUGCUUUGCGCGGGCAGAGAUUAAAAGCGCAAACAGCUAACAACACAAAGAAAGCAGCAGAAAGGGCGUAAGGGAUGUUGUUUCGAUGUUGCAGCGCCCCGCGGUCAACUACUAUCGAACUCUAGAUGCAAGAGCUUUCACGGGAUUGUACGCAAGUUCUUGGUACAUUUUAAGCAUCCCUAACGAACAACAUUUUAAUGCAAAUCGCGGGUUUGGCUCUCAGGGGAUGGCUUGAGCCUAAAGAAAAAUGAAACGAAACUACAAACUGCCAGAGACAGAAAAAGAACGAGCAGAACUUUGAAUGUUUGGUUUUGUGCCAGGAGAAGCGGAACAUUAAUUCUGACCACCGUUUUGUGGGGCUAAAAACACGAUCGUGUGCGAACGAGCAGGAGAUGAUGAUAUUCUAAUUUGUCUAAUAUUGAGUGACAUUAAUUCGUGUUAAAAAAGAGUGUACUGUUUGUUUGGUGGUCGUGCAAUUAAGAAGUAAGCUUCGGUUAAGAAACAACGCUUCCGAAGGGACAUACGACGGAUAACUUAAGUCAACAUCAAGCUGUUAUGAACGAACACAACCACAACCACACGUGUGCUGCAAAAAUAAAGUACUCUGAUUUCUAUUAACCAAGAA